AAAAUAUGAAAUCUAGAGAAAAUUCUACAUCGGAAUCGCUUUCGGAAACUUCUGAAAUUCGCCGGAAAGCUGUCAGUGAGGAUUUGCAAAACGAAUCCUUCAAAAGAACCAAAUUACGUCGGACUUUUGGUGUAAAGCCGAAAAAGAAGAAAGAAGACCCGGGUGGCUCUGCAAACUCGCUCCGCCGCUCGAAUUCCACGUCAUCAGACAUCAGAAGCCGACGAAUAUCGUCUGUAAUUCAAAGUCGCGAGUGUUCAACAAUGAUUGUUGGACCAACGGUGGCUCCACCGAUGCCGCCGCAGGAACAGCUCGACAAAAUGUUCGACGACGUUUUGAAACACAUGGAUCUGCCGGUCGACAAGCUCCGAAUCCUCCGCGGCUACGAUAAUGACAAAAAAUGGAAGCUUAUUGUAGAUCAACAGGUGGCGAAACAAGUAACACCGCCAGCCAAAUAUUUGGAGAAGCUUUCCUAUUUUUUGGACAAAAAAUUGCUGAAAAAAGCGCUGAAAAACAAGGAAAUCGGCGUGGAUGAGACGUCGACGAGUGUUUUACGGCAUAUUGAGAUUAGUCUCAGAACUAAUAGUGUUGACUGGGUUUUCGAAUUCCUGAAUACUCCAAAUCUUGGUCUCCGGAAGCUUGUUGACUACAUGAGAACUCUCCUCGCAGACUGUGCUCCAUCUGUCCCAUCUACGUCAUCAGGGCUCCCGGCGGGGUUCCUGAACUCCACCGCCAACUCGUCAGUGGGCGCCAACAAUAAUCACUCGUCGCUAAACGAAUCGCCGAGCCAUAAUUCCAGCUAUGAAAUGAGCACGACGACGACGGCAAACACGUCGAAUUCGUUCGAUGCUACAGCGAAUUUGCUGAAAAAAGGUCCGCUGACAAUUUCCAAGGGAAAAGUUGCAAAAACGACAGGAGAAGCCGUCGAUGACAUUCACAUUUGUAUGAUGUGCCUCCGGGCGAUAAUGAACAAUAAACAGGGAUUUCAACAAGUUUUCGCCGACACCGACGCCAUUUAUUGCAUUGUUCGCAGCAUUUUGCACCAGAAUUUGAGAACCAAAACGCUCGUUCUUCAAAUGCUCAGCUCAAUUUGUUGGGUUCAAGGUGGUCAGGAGCUCGUCUCGGAUGCUUUUGAUCGUUUUGAAAAGGAUUUCCGUGAGCCCCGACGCUUCUGGACUCUUAUGCAAUUUGUGAGCCAUCCACCGGAAUUCCACGUCGAAUUUCUCUCGUCUGCCGUUCAAUUUUUCUAUUAUUUUGUGAAUGUUGAUGAUCUCAACUUUCGUGUUCAUUUACAGUACGAAAUGACACUUCUCGGAUUGGAUAAAUACAUAGAUAUGAUGGCUGAAUGUGAAUCAGAUGAGCUUCAAGAACGAAUGAUAAGCUAUCAAAAUAAUGGAAUAGAUGUACAACAACUUCUAGAUGAUUCGAAUCAAAAAACUGAGCUUUUGGAUGAAAAUGAGCGAAUUUUGAGUCAACUUUCACAGGCAAAAGAACGAAUUCAAGAGGUUGAAGCCAAAUGGAUAACUGAUAAAGCGGCACUUGAUCGGCGACUUUUUGAUUUGGUAAAAGAACGAGAAAGCAUGGAAAAAGAAUAUGUUGAAGAGAAGGGAAGUUGGACAAAAACGAUGAAUGAGAAGGAUCGACAGGCGAGAGAAGAGAGAAAACGGCUGGAACAAAAGAUUGGAGAGUUGGAAGCUAUUCAGAAACAGAUGCAGGCCGGGCUUCAAGUCCAACAGCAGCAACAAGCGGCCGCCGCCGCCGCAGCAGCAGCAGCUCAAAAAUCACCUCCAACACCUCCACCACCGGCUCCAGGACCACACAAAGAGCAACGACGGUCAACGUCGAAAGAUCCACCACGUCCAGCUCCACCACCAGUAUCAUCAAUACCUCCACCACCACCAAUAGCUGGACUUUUGGCUGCAAAUGGGACAAAUGUCCCGAUUCCGCCACCUCCACCACCGCCACUACCACAAAAUCUCUCCGGUGCUCCACCACCUCCACCACCACCUCCUCCGAUGCUCGGCGGCCCUCCACCACCUCCACCGCCUCCAGGCGGCCUAAUGGGGCCUGCUUCAAACGACGCUAAGACUAUCAAAAAGAUUUAUCAGACCAAAAAUAAGCUUCCACAGCUUAAUUGGACUGCGAUGAAGCCGAUGCAAGCUAAGAAUACGGUCUUUGAGAAGCUCAACGAUGAGCUUAUCAUUGAAAAACUCGAUUUUUCGAAGCUUGAGGAGAUGUUUAAGCUGGCUCAGCCGACGUUGGGGCUCGCCGAGCCGAAAAGCGAGCAGUCAGUGAUUGGACAAGUCAGUCCGGGUAGUACAACGUCGGCUGCUGGAACAAGUUCUGCAAGGAAAAAUACACUUUUAGACACGAAACGCUUGCAGAAUGUUGCUAUCACGCGUCGCAAAGUGGCAAUGGAUGCAAAAUCGAUAAUGGCAGCUGUACAUCAGCUGAACCUGAGUGCCUUGUCAGCCGAAAAAGUGGAUAUUCUCUCGAGAAUCUUGCCGACAGACGAGGAGCGAAAACUUUACGCCGGGAAAAAAACGACGGAAUCGGAAAAUUCGAUGGAAAAUUUGUCGGAAGACGAUAAUUUCGUCGCCGCUCUCUGUGAAAUUGAGCGUUUGGAGCAUAAACUAGCCGUGAUGCGUGUAAUGUCGGAGUUUGAUGAGUCUGCAGGGCUCCUGGAGCCCCAGUUUACUCAUGUGACUGCCGCGUCAAAGUGUGCACGUGAAGCUCAACUUUUCCACGGAGUUUUGGAGGUUAUCCUCGCUUUUGGCAAUUAUAUGAAUAGUGGAAAGCGUGGUGGAGCUUAUGGUUUUAAGCUCUCUUCGUUGGAUUCACUGGCGAUUUUGAAGGCUCCGGCCGAUAGAAGUUUGACGCUUUUGCAUAUGAUUGUAGCGGAAAUUGAGAAGAAUUUGCCGCAUUUGAAGACUUUCUCGGAGCAAUUGAAAUUCGUUGACAAGGCCACAAGCGUCCAAUGGGACAGUGUGCAAACCGACAUGAAGGAGCUCGCCGCCGGCUUCAAAAUGGCUGAGAAGGAGCAAGAACUCAAGGGAACCGACUGCCCAGAAGCGCUGAGCACAUUCACUGCGAGCCGGAAACAAAAAAUGGCGGAUUUGGAGCAAGCUUUUCAGUUGGCCGCCAGCUCAUUCAAGGAUUGCUGUGAAUUUUACGGCGAAAAUGAGAAAUCCACGUCGCCAACCGUCUUUUUCCAGAAAUUGGCACAUUUUGUGCAAAAUUAUCAAAAGUGUAGAGGAGAAAACGAGGCGAAAGCGGCGUUGGAGAAGCGUCGCCAGGAGGAAGCUGAACGUCGAGCUCGCGUGGCGAGCACAAAAUCAUCGGCUUCAUCUGAACAGGACCAAUUAAUGAUGGAAUUGGCGGAAAAAGUCGGCGGAAUGGGAAUUGGCAAGCGGCCGCGUGGAAAAAUCGAUAGUACACGAAUGGAUCACGGAGAUUUCGAGAAGCUGAUGAAUGGUCUCAAACACACGGGCGGCACCACUCCGAAUCGCCGAAAAAUGUCAAAAUCGCCGUCUCCAGCGCCACGUGGCUCCGCACCACCGCCAGUUGCUCCAAAAACUCGAGUCGUCAGUGUUGAAAGGGAUCGACAAUAAAUUUGAUCGAUUUUCCCAUUUAUUUUCUCGUGUAAAAUAUGAAAAUUUCUAGUUUUCCCCGUUUUUUCCCAUUUUUUCUAACAAAAAAUUCAAAUUUCCCCCCUUUCCACGUGUGUUACGGGCAUUUUUCACACUUUUUCUCUGCAUUUUUGCCGUUUUUCCCCUUUUUUUUCCCCCGUGAUUAUUUGAAUUUUUGAAUUUUUUCGCUUUUUUGUGCGGAAAAUUAUUUUUUUUCUACUUUUUUCCUUGGUUUCCCCCCUUAAACCGGUUACAAUACGCGAUAUUAUUGUUUUUCUUUUUUUAAAAAUGAUUUUUUAAUGAAUAAAUUUGAUUUGUUUGAAA